AUGCUUGAAUUCCUCACAGCCGGCUUCCAGGGCUAUGCUGUACAGUACUCACCAUUCUUCGACAACAGAAUCGCGGUAGCAGCAGCCGCCAACUACGGCCUGGUAGGCAACGGCAGACUAUACAUCCUUGAGCUGACCCCUCGGGGGAUCCAGUGUCUGAAGUGGUAUCCUACGCAAGACGCACUCUACGACCUGUCGCACUCCGAAGCGCACUCAGCGCAUAUCGUGACCUCUUCCGGCGACGGGUCAUUACGUCUCUACGACACAACACUGCAGCCAGAGUUCCCUAUUGCGACCUUUCAAGAACACAGCCGAGAAGCGUUCUCAUGCAGCUGGAACCUCACCAGCAAAGCCACCUUCGCAUCUUCUUCGUGGGACGGGACAGUUAAGAUUUGGAAUCCCGAAAGGCAGCAGAGUCUCCUCACGCUCCCCACACAUUCGUGCACGUAUAGCACGCAAUGGAGUCCACAUACCGAUGGUGUUAUCAGCGCAGUCUGCUCUGACAGCCAUCUGCGCAUGUGGGAUCUGCGCACUCCUGCCAGCGCCAACAACCACCUCGUGCUCCAAAUGGCACUGCACUCACCUCCCGUAGCAACGACUAUGGGCAAGCCGCAGCCUACGUUUCCUCCUGCGGAAGCACUGACACAUGACUGGAACAAGUACCGAGGUACAAUUGUAGCCACGGGUGGAGUUGACAGAAUCAUCCGUACCUUCGAUAUUCGCCAGCCAAAGGGUCCGAUGCGACUCAUGCAAGGCCAUGGCUAUGCUGUACGGAAGCUGGCAUGGAGUCCUCACCUUCCAGACCUGCUUCUCAGUGCAAGCUAUGACAUGACGUGUCGUCUAUGGACGGACGGAGGUGACCAAGGGGCGGAGGGCAGGGAACUCGGAGUCAUGGGAGCACACACCGAAUUCGCUACAGGUGUCGAUUGGUGUCUCUUCGGCAGUGAGGGUUGGGCGGCAAGCUGUGGGUGGGAUAACCGGGUUUGCAUAUUCGAUAUCCGUGGUUUCAUGCACGCCUAG